UAUGUCCAUGAUGCAUGAUAUGACGUCAAAAGCUUUUAUAUAUUUUCAUUCUCAAUCUAUUUACGGGCAUAAGUUUUGUUUUGUUGUGAAAUCAAACAGAGAUGCAAGAUUUUGACUAAAUCAGUACAAAUUCCUACCUAUUCAUCGUGUUUGCUGCUCCAGCGUGAAACAGGGACCAGUCGCGUUAAUGCUGGCGUGGCGUAAGGAUCUGUGAGCUGUUUUAAUGAUAUUUGAGGUCUCUGAAGACAGUUGCGAGAUGCCUCCUGCAAAAGGGAGACGCGGCGUCAGCGACGCAGAUGAUGAGAGCGACGACUACAGGAAACGCAGGGACAGGAAUAACGAGGCCGUUAAAAAAAGCCGAUUCAAAUCAAAGCAGCGAACACAAGAAACAUUCACCCGAGUGAGUAAACUAAAGGCCGAGAACCAGAUGCUAGAAGACAAGGUCAAAACCCUCACGAAAGAGCUCCAGUUCCUCAAAGAGUUAUUCCUGGCGCAGGCUACCAAGGCACCAAAUCCUAAACUAGAUGGCGUUGAUCUGGAGAAACUUCUAGAGGACAUACCAGAUGAAAAGAAGUAGAUUUAAGGGGAAUUUAAAUAGGACUAUAGGCACUAGGCGGAACUUAAUAAUGUCCAGGACAUGUUAACACAAGCUAAGCUCCUUUGCACGAAAAUUUCCAUGCAAGGUGUCACAUUCUCAGUGGACCCGCUUACUGAAUGCAAUUGAAAACUUAUAUAUACUUAUUUAAAAAAAUAGUACUAACAGAAUAAAUAAUAGUACUUCCUACAAAACUGAAGUUUGACAGUGUUUCAAGGACGAAUCAUGUUGUCCCGUUCUAAUGUAUGGCACUAUCAUUUUCGGCUAUUUAGGGUUGUCAAAAUUCAAGUCAUUAUCUUAUCUGUGGGCACGCAGAUUAAUGUCAAGUUUUGCCAACCCUAAUAGCUUGUAACAACGCUGAAGCCGAACAGAGCCGAGAACGCCCGAACAAUGCAGUUUCCCCUACUGGUAGGAAAAAAAAUAAUUAUGUUGACUAUUUAGCUGCUAGCAUACAAUUGGACAUAUUGACUUUAAAGGAUUUGUUCAUGACUCGUGAAAUUUUUAUAUUUCUGUUUUAUAUCUGUUUUGUUAAAAUUUUGAUUGUUCUAUGAGAACUGAAUUUUCAUUGCUUUAGGCAUCACAGAUUAAAUAAGUUAGUUUAGUAAGAAUAGUUUUAGUCAGUACAGAGUACAUAUUGAUAUAUGUACAUUUGAUGGAAUAAGAAAAGUUAAACUGAUCUUUUGCAAUAAGAUGUCAUAUGUAAGAUCAUAUUAUCGUAUUUACGUUCAAAAUAUAUUUAUUUGGUAAAUAUAUGUACAAAUUUUUAGACUACUAACCUGCUCAAAAAUAUACUGACAUAAGCUUUUUUUCGAAAAGAACUGGAAAACUAUUUUUGCAUGUUGGUGUUGUAGAAUUUUUGCUGCUGUCAUGUCUGAGUUUGAUCCAAUACUAUGUACCUAAGACACAUAUUGAUUAGUGAUUAUGUAAUGUAGUCAAUUAAAUUUUAAUUCAUUGUAAUUCUUAAUCAAAAUUCUGUGUUGUGAUUUCAAUGCAUUAUAUGUUUUAUAAAUAAGAUUUUUUGAUAUAAUAUGCGAUUUUAUAAUGAGAUAUGACAAAAUAAAAAACCUCGAAUUUA